GUCAUUACCAUAGAUAACUUGACCAAUAGCAGGUCAGGGGCACUCAGAAGGGUACAGGAGAUCACAGGCAAGAGUGUCACGUUCUACGAGUGUGACUUGCUUGAUGGACGUGCUGUACAUGCUAUAUUUGCCAAGCACAAGAUUGAUUAUGUUAUUCACUUUGCUGCCAUGAAAGCUGUUGGAGAAUCCAUGCAGUUUCCUCUCAUAUAUUACAAGAACAAUGUGAUUGGGACCAUCAACCUAAUUGAAGCAAUGAAAGCAAACAGUGUAUAUCAGAUGGUAUUCUCCUCUUCCUGUACUGUGUAUGGUGAUCCUGAGCACUUACCCAUUACUGAAGACCAUCCUACUGGUGCUGUCACGAAUGUAUAUGGUCGGACCAAGUAUCUCAUAGAAGAAAUGUUGAAAGAUCUGUCGCAUGCAGAAGAAAAGUGGAACAUCAUUGCCCUAAGGUAUUUCAACCCUGUAGGGGCGCAUCCAUCUGGGCGGUUGGGUGAGGAUCCCACUAAGAACUUCACUAACCUCAUGCCAUACAUUGGUCAGGUGGCUAUUGGAAAGAAACCAAGCUUAACUAUUUUUGGUUGUGACUAUGACACGCCAGAUGGCACCGGUGUUCGUGAUUACAUCCAUGUGAUGGACUUAGCCUCAGGUCAUGUGUCUGCUCUCUCAAAGCUGGAUGAAGAGCAUCUUAGAUUUAAACCCCUGAACCUGGGCUUAGGUCAUGGGUUAUCGGUGCUGGAGUUUAUCAAGGAAUUUGAGCGUGUGUCGAAGGUUCACAUCCCAUAUGAAUAUUCUGGCAGAAGAGUUGGAGAUGUCGCUACGCUGGUGUGUGAUGGGACCCAGGGCAUGAAAGAACUGAAAUGGAAGCCCACAAGGGAUUUUCAGGUCAUGUGUGAAGACUUUUGGAGGUGGCAGACAAUGAACCCUGAUGGUUAUGCAAAUGAUGAACCAUUCCCAGCAACUUCUCUGGAUGAAAUUCUUCCUCUCUCUGAGAAGACGACUGCAGCUUCACCCGCCAAAGUAACUGCUGCUGGACCUGCCAAAGCGGUGCCAGCGUUCAAUAGUGUUAAUUCUAUUAAUGGUGUCAAUGGUGUAAAUAAUCACUGAAGUGUGCAUCACUUUAUAGUGUAAUAAUGUGUUAAUGCAGUAACAAUUACUAUUCCAGCAUUGCUGUUGUGUAUUAAAAUCUGUAUUUACUCCCUAAUUUCCAAAGGUGAAAAGUAUUUUCCCACAGUUAAAAACAGACAAAUGGCUCAGGAAUCCCACUAAAUAUUACUUUUUUAAGACUGGAAUAUUGAAUUCUUAUAGUCUAGUAUAUCAGACACAAAGAAUGUUUAAUUUUUUUUUUUCAUCAAACCGGCCAUAUCCUAUAGAAGCAUUUUAAAAUUGUUCCACAAAAAAAUGAAAUAAUAGGCUAAACUUUAUAGCUACACUGGGAAGCAACUGCCAUAAAUAAUUUUAAUUAUUUAAAUUGAGAGCUUUAAAAAAAAUAAGUUCAUCUGUUAAAUAACUGCAAUUGACAUGACCAGGUUAGUAGAUAUGCUGAGGGAACUACAUUUGUAGUUAUAAAACCCAACAAAUUGUCUUCCAACAUAUAAAUACGUACCAGUAAUCCAGCUGAGUGCAUUCCUAACAGCACAAUAUUGUAUAUAUCCAUAGAUAUUUGGGUAGAUUUUAUUAUAAUCAGUGUAUCAGUAUUUUUAUAAUGAAUUUACUCAUUUGUAGUUUUUUGUUUUUUUUCAGUGUUCUUUAAUUUUAGUGGCCACAAGUUUAAAUAUUUGGAUGUAAAUUUUUUUACUUUUUGCCUCUUGGAGAUUUGCUCUUGUUUUAAAUGUUGGAAGAUAAUGAUGUUUCUCUAUAUUAGAGGAAUGAUCUAGAUUUUCCACAAAAAUUACCCUGCAGACUGUCAAGUAUAAUUAAGGAGUACAUUCCACAUGACUCAUUCCCAGGUGCUGUAUGACCCCCUACAGGUUUAGCACUCCAAUUGUGAACAGUACAGGGUGCCCACAAAAACACUCCCUGAUUUCAAAUAGGUAUAACAUGUAACUUUAUUGUAAUAAUCUUUCACAGUUAGUAGCUUCAGAUGCAAGAUUUCAUUCAGUUGCAUGUGGUAUAGGGUAGCAAUAAAGGCACUCAAUGUGCACCCCUCUGGUUGCUCGGCAAACAUCAAUGCGAUAGUCCAGUACGGUCCACAUGCUCUGCAGCAUAUCUGGAGUUAUCAUGCGAACUGCUUCAGUCAUCAAAAUUUUCAACUAAUCCAGGGUUGCAGAUAGUGGUGGUAUGUAAACUGUGCUCUUCAUUACCCCCAAAGAAAGAAGUUACAAACAGGUCCAGUGACCUCCGCAUGUGACCUGCGAGGUCACCGGACCUAACUGUUUGUGACUUCUUUCUUUGGGGGUACGUGAAGAGCACAGUUUACGUACCACCAUUACCUGCAGCCCUGGAUUAGUUGAAAAUUUCGAUCACUGAAGCAGUUUGCAUGAUAACUCCAGGUAUGCUGCAGAGCGUCUGGACGGAAUUGGACUAUUGCAUCAAUGUUUGCCGAGCAACCAGAGGGGCGCAUAUUGAGUGCCUUUAAUGCUACCUUAUACCACAUGAAACCGAAUGAAAUCCUGCAUCUGAAGCUACUAACUGUGAAAGAGUAUUACAAUAAAGUUACAUGUUAUACCUGUUUGAAAUCAAGGAGUGUUUUUGUGGACACCCUGUAUAAUAACAGUCUAGAAUAUUAUGACAAGUUUAGUUCUGAAGAUAAAUGUUCAAUAUAGUUUUGUGUGGACGUGUAUCAUAAAAUGAAUUGUGUUGCUUAAGCCUCUGACAGAAUAUGUUGUCACUGGUGGGUGCACUUAUUCUUGAUGUAAAGAAAGUAACCAUUGAAAGCAAUGUGUGUUUAACUAAGUGUUAUAUAUGAAGAGUUAAAUAAUAUUUUAGCAUGAAAUUUGUAUUAAAUAUUCGCUGGAAGUGAAAGAAUGUAAUAAUAUCACUGUGUUGAAUUAAAAAGUGCACUAGAUAUUUCACAAUAAGAUAGUGUAAUUUAUAGUUACCUUGUACUUGCUAUUUGUGUGCACUACAGGGUGAACUACAUUAAUGAAGUUAGAGAAAGUACAGUACUAUAUAUAUCUAAAUCUGAGUGAAAUGUAUUAUUUAUGCUGUAAAAAUAAAUCUUUAAAUUAAUAA